AUGAGUGUGGAACGUCCGGCCUCGCUAGAUCAAUUAUUUCGCCACAAUGCUUCAGAAAAACUGCCGCCUGAGGAUCUAGAUUUAGAGAAGCAGUGUACCGGACCUGAAGAAACGAAGCUGACCUGGUGGAAACAGAUAUGGAAAAGAAUCCUUUCCCUGAUUUUUAAAACCGAAGCGUUGGCGGCUCUGUCUAGAGCUGAUAGCAACUUGUCAUCAAUGCCCAAUACGAGAGUCCACUCAAAUCGGCCAACUAUCGAGACCGUAAGAGAGACAAAAGUGGUGAAUCCAGUGGCAAUCUAUACAGCAGGUCUUACGCGAGCCAAACCUGAAUCGCAGAGUAUACCGACUUUCGAAGAGACGAUCAGAGUCCGCUCAACCCCGCCUACGCCUCCGCCGACACCAGAUACUCUCGACCCCUGUCAAGACGGUCUAUUGAGUGACCGCGAACUGGAUGAUCUAAUUUCAUUUAUUCAAAAUGCAAGCCACAUCUCUCCCGAUGUCAUUCUGAUAGGUCGACUGCAAGAGAGAGACUCAACAACAAUUCCACCAUCUUUGUAUCACCCGCACCCUGUCUUUGGAUUCCCAUCUAUUCUUGUGAACAUCCGUCUAUUGAUCACUACUCUAUUCCGGUUUCAAGCGAAAGUCACAAUGGAUACACCAAAAGCAUAUGUCAGUUUCUUUCACUCUCCUAUGCGUGCAGGGCUAAAACAUACACAGUUUCUGAGGAUUCCCCCCUACACCAAAGAUGAUUGUAUUGCCGAUGCGAAGCUGCGGCAAACAAACCCUAAGACCUGGGUUUCUGAAAAUGUCACACGUGUCACAUCCUGGCUACAAGAACAUGAAUUCGAUUGUCACCCAGUAGCGCCACUAGGAUGUGGCUGGUGUUGCCUUUUCGAUCUCGACGAAGAGACCCUAACGAGGCUCAAGGAAGCAGGAACUUGCAAGCUCUUCGAUAUAAACGACACAAACUACCCGUCUCUCGAAUACAUGGAAGCUUUACGUGCACCAGAAUUGGAAUCAAAGGCUGUCUGGUUGAUGGAGUUACGUGAGGCCUUAUCGCUUUUCUACCUAUACACCGAAGAAAUCGAUCUGAAGGUACUCAUCUUUCAAGAGUAUCUGAUAGUCGAGACGAAUGGUGUGAUGGAAAUGAUGAAGCAAAGUCUACUGGAAUAG